GAAAAUUGCACAAUAUAAAUAUAUUCCAGUAGACCUCAACAAUGGAAUCAUGAUCAGUGGAAAUGGCCAUGACAUGUCUCCUUUAAAUGGCUGGUGUUUUCGCUUGUUAGCAUUCAACCUGAGCCGAUUUAAUUUGAGACCGGAAGUCUGGUCGUGUCACCAUCAUGUCUAACUUCACAGCGUUUAUUGAAGCUACAGACUUCAGGCAGGCAUUAUAAACAGCUGCAGCCACAGGAAGACGUACCAGAGAAAAGCGUGACACCAUGAAUGCGAGCAAGACGUCCCACAGCAGGAUGAGAGUGACAGAAGUGGAAGAGUUUCUGAAAAAUCCUCCGGACGGUUUCUCCGUGGAGGAGCUCUCCUCCGGUCACCGAGUCCACAGCGACCCGGAGAAGAGCCUGGUGCUCAUCGACAACUUCAACUCCUGCAGACGGGAAAUAGUUUUCCUGAACUCGGUGGGAAGGAAGGUUAAAAUGCUAAACUUAUGGGAGUACACCAGCAUGAGGAAGAGUCUGCUGUCCAAGAGGAUGUAUCUGCUGAUGUCUGCAUGCGAAGACAACUUUUCAGUGAACGACAAAAAGGCAGCCAAUGAAGAAAGAGUGGCAGUGCUCAAGCAGUUUGUGGUGUCCAUCAAUGGAAACGAUCCUUUCAUCAAGUGGCAGAUGGAGAAAGGCCUGGACUGGAGCAUCUCCUCUGUCGCAGGAGAAAGCUACAGGGUGGAUAUUGACUUGACUGAAAUAAUGGAGAACUGGGCAGUGAAAAACAGCAGCGUUAUAACCGACAAAUUAACAAAAGUCCAACCUGUGUGGAGAGACGCCUCCUUCACCCUCAAAUACUACUCUGAUGCCCUCUUUGACUUUGCACACUGGUUUGGGUUCAGCAAAAGGACAUUUUGUUUGAGACUGACAUGAGCAAGCAGUGGAUGGAGAGAAAGAGAAACAAAUUGAGUUGUAAUGGCGUGUGGGUCUGCUUCCUUAAGGACGUUUCCUGAUCAGCAGAAGAAUGUAACCUGCCAGGUAAAGGGGCAGCCUACCUCUUCAGACAGAACUGCACUAUAAUGGCUGUUGGGUACUUCUUCUGUUAAGUUGGUGGAAACCACUGACAAAGAAUUACUGAAUGCCAUGAAGAUUAUCAAGGAAUAUAUUGUUGUUGUAGAAAUACUGUUUUCUCCACUCUUUGGGUUGUUUUAAUGCACUGAUAUCAUGUGUGGCUUUGAACUGUGUAUGACCUUGCAGCUGCCUCUUCUUGUGAUAGGAGGAGGCAGGGCAUUUCAGGUUGUUGAUAUUUAUGAGAUAUAAUAAAUAUCUGUCUCCUAAAUAUCUCAUUUAUAUGAAGUGUGAAGGAAGUACGUGACUCUUUCCAGAAGACGUCACAGAUGACCCAUCGCAGAUGAACCGACUUUCCGACACCCGCGGCUGAUAUUAGCGCCACCUCGAUUUACGACUUUGUUGUUAUCUCCUGUGUUUUGGACUAUAUAAGCCUGAUGUUUUUUGCUGUUCCUUUGAGCAACAUACCUCAUGUGUGUGAGUUAAACCAUAUCCUUUGUAUGUGAUUUAACUCUGCUCCUUCUUGCAAGAAUAAAUUAGUUACCUGAUCAUUGAUUCUCAA